AUGUUUAAAUUAGUAAUUUUGGUGUCUGCAGUUACAUGUGCUCUUGCCGCAGUUGUUCCGGAAAGUCUUUCACCACAUAUCGAUGGACGAAUAGUUGGUGGCAAUGAAGGGAAUAUCAAUCAAUUUCCUUAUUUAGUUUCUAUACAAAGAAAUGGUCAACAUAUUUGUGGAGGUUCCAUUUAUAACAAUUAUAUUAUUGUGACCGCGGCUCAUUGUGUGCAAAAAAUACCAACCAAUGAGUUAAAAGUUAGAGCUGGUUCUUCGACAUGGAAUUCAGGUGGUACAUUAUUGAAUGUUGCUGCAUAUCGAAGUCAUGAAGGCUAUAAUCCCACUACAAUGGAGAAUGAUGUAGCAGUUGUACGUUUACUAACUAUGUUGUAUUAUUCUACUAGCAUAGGCACAAUUAAUUUAGGAACUUGGCUUCCUUCAAAUGGAGCUUCAGCAGUUGUUGUCGGUUGGGGUACAAAAACUUAUAAUGGUGUCAUUUCCGAUACUCUACAAUAUAUUAAUGUUAAUAUCAUAAGUGCAGCACAAUGUGCUUCAAGUACCUAUAGAUAUGGUUCAAGUAUAAAAUCAGAUAUGAUUUGUGCAUCUGCUACAGGCAAGGAUGCUUGUCAAAAGGAUUCUGGUGGUCCAUUAGUUUCUGGUGGUUAUUUGACUGGCAUUGUUUCUUGGGGUUAUGGAUGUGCUUAUGAAGGUUAUCCUGGUGUGUACGUGGAAGUAUCACUAUUUCGUGAAUGGAUUAUUAAUAAUGCUAAAACUGUUUAAUACUGUUUUUAUAUUGUUUUUAAAAACCAAAAUAAAUAUUUAUUAAUAAUGUAAAAGUAUUUGUAUGCUUUG